AUGAGCUCUUCUGCAGCCCCCGCAACCACUCCGGACGUGCAACCCCGCUUCCAGCAGCUCUUCACCGAGCUCGAGAAGCGAUUCCAGUCCACCUCGCUGGGCAGCGAUAAAUGGUAUAUCCUUGCGACGUCCACGCUGGCCGCUAGCCCGGACCCCGAGCGCGCCGACAUGCUGUACCAACAUAUCUGUUCGCAGGCGGCUUAUGCCACCCCCGCCGCGCGGCAGGCGCUGGUCCGCCGUCUGCGCGAAGCACUCAUCAAGUCGGUGCCGAUUGUGGGAGUGUGCAAGCCCAUCGAGGCGAUUCUAUCGAUCAGCAAGGUCGAGCGCGACGAGGACAAGGAUUACACGUUCACUCGUGAAGGGUGGCAGUGCGAUCAAGCCAACCACGAUCGCGGCGCAGAGUGGAUGCAGAAACUGUACUCGCGCAAUACCAGCGGGACAUUGAACUUGUUUAGUGCCCAUAAGGAUUUCUCCUGGCUGUCUGAGGAGAUUACUUAUGGCCUGUUUCUGUCCGAUCGCCAGGUUCUGGACGACGUGGAUACCCAGCUGGUUGUGCUGCCUGGGAUUAUGAGCCAGAACUUGCCGAAUGAGACUCACUGGCAUAUUCGUGGAACGAGACGUCUGGGUCUGCCGAAGGAGGAGGUCCAGGUUAUUUGGGAUUGCGUGCAGCUGGUUUCGCAGUUCUUUGAUGUCAAGUUGAAUAAGGUGCCCACUGUUGAGCAGGUGGAGUACGAUGUUUAG